AUGAUAGAAAACUGCACGACGCUGUAUCCCAACGAUAUAGUUGGCCGAAAGGUCAGUGAGUACUCGGACCAGCACUCAGUCCCUCUUCCUGAAGAUCUUGUCAAGUACCAUGAAUGGGUGAUGCGCAGUCAAGAAAACUCCUACUUCACCAUUUCCCUGCUCGAGGCGAGAAUGUUGUCGUGGAUGGCACGAAUGGUUAAUGCCAAGAGAGUCCUUGAGAUUGGCACAUUCGUAGGUUUCUCCGUGGCCACUUGGGCCAACGCAGUUGGUAAGGAUGGCAGCGUCACCGGCCUCGAGAAGACUCCCGAGUUUGCACAGAUGGCCAGGGACCAGCUCAGCAGGUUCGGCUGGAACAACGCCCAAGUCGUUACGGGCGAUGCCUUGCACACUCUGGCCGGGCUUGAACCCCCAGAGCCAUAUGAUAUCAUCUUCAUCGAUGCGCAAAAGUCCGGCUACCCUGCGUAUCUGAAGAUCAUACUCGACCGAUCCCAGCCCGGGCAGGCCAACAGGCUGCUGCGCCCUGGCGGUUUGAUCAUUGGCGACAACGCCCUUCGUUGCGGCCUGGUUGCGGACGAGUCGGACGAUAACCCGGCUACAAAGACGGUCCCUCGCCACACCAUCAACUGGGACUGGAGUAGUAUUGCCUUCUUGGACGAGUUCAACAAGAUGAUGCAUGACCCGGUUCUGUACGAACGCCUCAUCAAGCGGCAUCAGACCUCCUCGGAGCGCCAGCAAGAAGGCCAAGCCAAGGGCUACGGACGCGUGCUUGAAGCAGACCUUGCCCGCGGGGAGACUCGACUCUCCGCGCUCGCCACCGAGGCCGCAGGCGAGCAGCGGGAGGAUUUGUCGCCGGCCAAGCACAGGUGGCACGCCGCGUCGGAUAUAGACAAUCCCUGGGACGGGGAAGCGAGCACCAAGGAGCAGGGUUUCGAGUUGUGGAAGGAGUUUCUACGGGAGCGGUUUAUACGUGGUGGGGAUGAGGACUUUGACUACGCUAGGGUAGACGGCAAUGAGGAGCUUGACGUGGUGUUGCGGCGGGACGAGGAAGACCGGUGGUUUGAUGAUGAGGAGCCGAGUUGGGCUGGGGAUGGGGGCGCGGCGGGCGAGACUGGGGUGCAGGAUUUUUGA